UUAGUGUCUUCAUCAUCAUAAAGGUGGAGAAAACGCGAAGUGAGUCACCCAGUUGCCAUUCACCCACUAGUUCGCUCAGUUUUAAAUGCUCUCCUCUGUCCCUUUUCAAUGAAGGACCAUGUCGAAGAAACCUCCACCGCCAUUCUUGCGGCGCCACGUCAUCUGGCUCGGCUGGAGGACCCUGUUCGCUCUCACCGUCACGAAUGCUGACGUGGCGAAUUUCUCGAUUUAUGUACACUCAACUCCUGGGUUUCUGUUCGAUGAGUCUACUACAAGGUCGCAUUUCUUCUACGGUCGACAAUUGAAGAAUAGUAUUCAGGUAGCAUGGGGGGAAUCAAGUAUGAUCAAAGCAGAGAAGUUGUUACUCGCUGCUGCUUUAGAGGAUCCAGCCAACCAAAGAUUUGUUCUCCUCUCUGACAGUUGUGUACCUCUUUACAACUUUAGCUACAUACACAAUUAUUUGAUGGAUUCUCCAAGGAGUUUAGUGGACAGCUUCCUUGAUGCAAACGAAGGCCGCUACAACCCGAAAAUGGCACCUGCUAUUCCAAAGAACAAAUGGCGAAAGGGAUCCCAGUGGAUAACUUUAAUUCGAAGUCAUGCUGAAGUUAUUGUGGACGAUGAAGUCAUAUUUCGCGUCUUUAGCAAAUUCUGUAAGCGGCGCCCUCCUCUGGAUGCAAGAUUGGGGGAGCUAAAUCGAAAACUUCAGAAGCAGCACGAUUGUAUUCCAGACGAGCACUACGUGCAGACAUUGCUUGCGAUGAUGGAGCUGGAAGGUGAUUUGGAACGUAGAACCUUAACCUAUACCUGGUGGAGCCAGUCUGCAGCAAAAAUGAACGAUAAGAGUUGGCAUCCUAUGACUUUCAGCUAUGCAAAUGCAGGACCCCAACAAAUAAAGGGAAUUAAGGACAUAAACCAUGUAAAUUAUGAAACUGAGGGUCGGACAGAAUGGUGCCAUAACAAUUCAGCAUCUGUUCCGUGCUUUUUAUUUGUCAAGAAGUUUUCUCGUGGAGCUGCCAUGCGCCUGUUGAGUGACGGAGUUUUUGGUCCCUUUGAGGCAUCUGUAUUACUGAGUGACCCCUUUCAUCCGCAUUAGUAUCUCUCCUCAUAUGGCACUCUGAUCAUCUGCUAACCUGAGUAGAAGAUAAACCUGGUUACCUGUUACACUCAUAUACUUAGUAUGGUUACCUGCUACACUCAUAUACUUAGUAUAAUUAGUCACACUACAUGGCAUUAUCGAGCACAGCUAGUAUAUAUACGUUUUGGAGAGCAGAAAGAUCAGCAGACAUUAGCAGGAGUCAAGAUCUGUUAUACUUUGGCCAAGAAUAGAUCGAUCAACAUAUCAAUCUGAUCUCAUUCUUUAUACAUCGAGUUAAUUUGAUUUCUGAUGUAAUUAUGACAAAUUUUGCUCUAAUAGUGGGAGAGCUUAUUCCA